AUGGCCGGGGGCCAGUUCGCUCCGCCCCCUUGCGCCCCGAUCGGCGUCACAAGUCUUCCCGGACGUAAAAAAGUCAGUUCUCCCUCUGAGAUUAUCGUGAUAGAGCGUACCUUGCGGCCCUUGGUUAAGCUGACUUUUGAUUAUAAGCCUAAUAAGCUAUACUGGCUGGCAGAGAAUGUAAUCGUUUCAAAACGGCUGAGUCGAAACGAUGCACCCACAACAAGCGAUUAA